AUGACGCAAUUGGCACAAGAGAACCUAGCCGGCACCCAGUCUCGCUCCGCAGACGUGCUUGUUGUUGGUGCUGGUGUAAGUGGUCUGCAGACCGCCCGCAAGCUCCAACAAUCCGGUAUUUCUUGCCUUGUCCUCGAAGCAUCCGGCCAUGUCGGCGGCCAGGCAUUUACCAGCGACAACUUCAAUGAAAAAAACCAUCCACGCACGCAUGCUCUUGCCACAGAGUUUGGCUUAAUCGACGAGCCACGCCAGAUGCAGGGCAAGACUACGCUAGAGGGCUUUGAAGCCUUCGAAUCCCAUGAACAGCCCGCUCUUAAUGCUGGAGACGCAGCCUCGCUUUUCCAAAUCAAGGCUAUCCUCGACACCCUAUCGCUGCGACCAGAUGCUUCCCGGACAGACACGACAGUUGAAGAGCUCGUUUCCUCGUACGGUGCAACGGAUACCGUGAAGAAGCUGGCUAAUCUGUGGACUCGCACCAUUUUCGGUCUUUCCUCCCACAACGUCAGCGCAUCUCAGUUUUUGUCCCAUUGUGCCUCGUGCGGCGGACUCCUCGCAGUUCUCGACAACAUCAAUGGCUCCAGCGACGACUUUGCUAUCAAUGAGUCUUUGCAUCAGGUGGCAACUGCAGUUGCUCAGCGCCUCAAUGCAGGUACUAUCCAGCUGCAUCAAAAGGUCACCCAUAUCGAGCAUACGAGCAAAAACUGUACAGUUCGCACAGAGUCUGGCGACGUCUUCCAUGGCACCAAGGUUGUGCUUGCUGGUUCUCUGGCCUUGUGUGAAAGCCUUCAAAUAGAGCCGAGCAUUGUGGCGGCAGCCCAGUGGGAGGAAAUGCGAGACGAGCAGGGUUUCAGCACCACUGUGGAUGUGGUCUUUGACCAUCCCUGGUGGCAGCAGCGAGGCCUGUCCGGCUACGCCCAGGGCCUGACCGGACCUGUCGCUCAGGUGCGCCCUUCCGGCAUCGAGAUUGACGGUCUCUACUCGCUCUCUUGUCAAGUCUCCGGCGAGCAAGCCCGAGGCAUGUGGCUGUGGCUCAUGUCGGAGGAGGAGCGGGAGACGCUCAUCAUGCAGCAUCUCGGCGCCGUCUUUGGCGGCGGCAUCCCGCGCGCUGUUCAAAUUAUUGAGCAGGACGAAAGCCCGCUGGUUAGUGGCCAACAGUGCCUAAACAUUGCCGGAGAGAAUGCCGCCGGCGGCGCCACUGGCUUGAAUAUGUGGGCUCCAGAGGGCAGCAUUCACUUUACCGGCGCGGAAACAAGCAAUGUUUGGAGAGGACACAUGGAGGGCGCGUUAGAGGCUGGAGAAAGAGCGGCAACUGAAGUCAUGGCUGUUCUCGGCACUUCAAAUGUCAUUGGAUUGGCUCCCCGCCUAUAG